AAUGAAAAAUUUUCUUGAAAAACAUAUCAGCAAUGAUUACAGUAUCCGUAUGAAUAAUUUAUCAUAAAAUCAUGGUAAUUAGAGAAUAUUAAUUGAAUAGAGUAUCAAUUAAACUAAUACAAAUGCUCUUCUCCUAUAGUAUUUGGAAAUAGAUUUGCAUCACCUUCGCCAUUCAGAUCAGUUACUCCAAUUUAAGGAUAAUUGUCUCCAGCAAAUUAAUCUCGCAGAGAAAGUGCAUUUUCAAGAAACUCUGAUAACUAUGAUUUUUCAGUUAAAGAAAAAUCAAAAAUAUUAAAUAAGCCCAUUACUUAAUACUAUAAAAAAUAACAAGAUUAUUAAGAUGAAGAAGAAUGCAAUAUUGAUUAUUUUUUUGAUAAAGAAUAAAUCAUUAUUGAAGAAUAAGAACUUUUACAUGCAAAACUUAGAAUGAUUCGAGAUGAUUUCAACUUUAAAAUAUAACAAUUAGAAGAUUGUAAUUAAUUAUCUAAGUUUUAAGAGAAUACCUUAGAGAAAGAUAAUCGAUUUUAUAAAAUCUUUCAAUUUCAAUUAAAGAAGAGCAAGACAGAUAUAAUGAACAAUCAAAAUAAAAUAAAAGAAAAAAUAAAUAGAAUGAAAUACAUGCAAGAACUGAUUCCAUUAAUAAAUAAGAUUCAAAAAGUGAUUCAUAACCAAUCCAACAAGAAAUAAUUAGAGCAGCUAGUUCAAUGAAAGAAUAGAGAACAGAAUUUAACUAUGAAAAAAGAGAUUGUUUUGAUAUUAGACGUGAAUCUCGUCAUGAAUCUAUAAAUGGUUAUAGUUCUCAUCAUAGAAGAGAAUCAUCAUAUAAAACAGUUAAAUUAAGAGAAUCUAGAGUAAAAAGAGAAGAAUCACUUAAAGGUGAUUCUGUUAAAGAAGAAUAACCAUUAAAGAGUGCAUUAAAAAAGAAAGAUUCAAAUAGAUAAACAUAUAAUUGUUAAGAUGAUUCAUAAGAUGAUUGGAAAUUUAUUAAAGAAGCUAAAAAUAAUUUAGAAAAAUAAAAAACUUAAUUAGAUGAUAAAUAAUCUCCAAAUAAAGUUAGAUUUGUUAAUUAAGAGAAAUCUUAAAAAAAAUAAUAAGAUAAAGUGGUUAAGUCAAAAUAUUUAAAUGAUAUUGACAUUUUUUUAAAAUGUAGAUAUUGA